AUUACAUUUUGCCUUUGGGUUAACGCUAAACUGAACAAGCUGACCGCUGUUCAAAGUAUUAUUUUAUUUUCUGUUUUAGAAGUUCUUUGUGAAGCAGUCUUCUUAAGUGUUGAUCCAUAUAUGAGAUUAUUUCCAGUUCCAAUAGACUCUGUCAUGAUGGGGGAACAAGUUGCCAGGGUAAGUAAAAGUGAGAACCCGGAUUUUCCAGUGGGAGCCAUUGUUCAGAGCAUGUUAGGCUGGAGGUCCCACACAGUUGUAUCAGAUCCCUCCAAACUCAACAAAGUUCCAGACAUGGGAGAUCUACCUAAAUCACUGGCACUGGGAACAUUGGGAAUGCCAGGUAUGACAGCCUACUUUGGGUUUCUGGAGGCAUGUUGUCCAAAAAAUGGAGAGACAGUCUUUGUGAAUGCUGCAGCGGGAGCCGUCGGCAAUGUUGUGGGACAAAUCGCCAAAAUCAAGGGCUGUAAAGUCGUGGGAAGUGCUGGGAGUGAAGAGAAAUGUAAAUGGCUAAAGGAAGUUUUGGGAUUCGAUGAGGUGUUUAACUACAAAACAACUCCACUAGAGAAGGCCCUCAAAGAUCACGCUCCAGAAGGAGUGGACUGCUUUUUCGAUAAUGUUGGUGGGGAAGAAACAACCACUGUAUUAAAACAUAUGAACAAAUGUGGAAGGACAGCUAUCUGUGGAUCUAUUUCCCAAUACAACAAAGAACAAAAGGAUAAAGGUGACCUACCAUACGGACCAAUAUUGAUGAAUAUGUUACGUGUGGAGGGUAUUCAAGGUUGGCAUCAUGUCCAGAAAUGGCCAGAAGGAUUAAAACAGAUGUUACAAUGGAUUCAAGAGGGGAAGGUGAAGUAUAAGGAGACUGUGACGGAAGGCUUUGACAAGAUGGUUUCUGCUUUCAUAGGCCUAUUCUCAGGUCAAAAUAUCGGAAAAGCUAUAGUAAAAGUAUGAACCCAUUGGAAAAAUAAACUAAAAGUUAAAAGCUGCAAUGAUUAUCAUAAGAUAGAAAUAUUAUAGACUUAUACUACGAACAU